AUGGCGGAUCCGCAGCAGAACACAAAGAAGAAUUCGAGUUUUGACAAAAAACAGGAUGGCGGCCUUCAGAACCGGCCUGUCGAGCCGAAGGAUCUGCAGGAUCUAACACAGCAUGUCCAAGACCUGCUUCAACACAUGCAGGAUAAAUUUACUGUAAUGUCGGAACAGAUUCUCGGUCGAAUCGACGACAUGUCUCAUCGCAUAGAGGACCUCGAGCGAAAUAUCAACGAUAUUGUCGCUCAUGUCGGUCUUGAGGCAGCCGUAACACCUACCGGAACGGGACCCUCCGGCGGAAACCAGCACUUAUCGCACGGAAAAGAUCAUCCAGCAGACGGCCACCGAGAAGAAAAACAAUAG